AUGUUGAAUGAUGCUCACCAUCUCAGACCAAAGACCAAAUUUGAUGAGUCCCAUCCUGAACAUCAGACUCAUCACCAGGUAGUUUGUUCUCCAUCUCGUCGAAAGAUACCUGUGCCUUCGGGCGUCAGUAUCCCGAGACGAGACCACGACAACGUUUACACCCGGUAUUGUAGAUUGAUGUUAUUGCUGUUCAAGCCAUGGUUCCAUGCCAGUGAUCUUCGUGCCAACGGUCAGACUUGGAUAAACACGUUUCGACAGUUCCACGAGAGUUGUGGUACCCAUAUUGUCUCUAUCAUGGAUAACAUGCAGAUUCUUCAUGAAUGUCGGGAUAGUCGAGAUGACCAUUUUGCGCAACGC